AAGAUACCGUAUACGGUACUGUUUUUCUAUUGGAAUGUCGCAUUUUAGGGGUUCUUUAUAUUCAGAAUUUGGAGAAUUAAACAACACAGGAUUUAACAUUACCAGCGAACUAACAGAAAAUAAUACAGGGGUGAACGUUUCAUACUUGCUUCAUCACUACACUGGUUAUGACGGAUCCUACUAUGACUAUAAUUUUGACUACGAUUUAUCGCAGAUUCCAUACCCAAAGGAGAAAAAAUCAGUUCCAUUUGCAGAGGCUUUGAUUAAAAUAGUAGCAUGUACAAUUACGACUGUGGUGUCUUUGAUUGGAAACUUUCUCGUGAUUUUGGUGGUGGCUUAUAACAAACGGCUUCGAACUACCACAAAUUUCUAUAUCGUGAACCUUGCAGUGGCAGACUUGCUCGUGACGUUUUCCUGUUACUGGGUGAGCACUGUGGACGAUCUGACAGAUGGGUGGAUUCUUGGAUCUUUUUUCUGCAAAUUUAAUGCUUUUGCCCAAGUGACUUCGUUAGUAGCCAGCAUCAUGUCCCUUAUGUUGAUUGCUUGUGACCGAUUCUUUGGAAUAGUGUAUGCCAUGAAGGCUCACGUUAUAGAACGUAAAGCUUAUCACAGCCUCAUACUUAUAUGGAUCCUAUCCAUAGCAGCUGGGGUACCUAUGUUGGUGAAAAAGGAACUGAUGAGCCGACAAUGGCUAGACUACAGAGAAAUGUGGUGUGAUGACACGUGGGAGCUCAAUGCAGUGGGCGGUAACUCUGCUGAAAUCCGGCCUGGCAGAGUGGCCUACUACACAUGCAUAUCGUUUAUACUUUACUUCAUUCCAUUAGUUGUAAUGGCUGUGGCCUAUUGUUGUGUUAUAAGGACACUGUGGACUUCUAAAGCACCCGGUGAAAGAACGACGAAAGACGUUAAUAUACAAACGAAAGUCAAAAGAAAGGUUGUCAUUAUGUUAGUUUUUAUCCUGGCGGUAUUUGGGUUGUGUUGGAUGCCGUUACAAUUGGCAGUUUUAUACUCGGAAUAUAAACCUCUAAGUGAUACGCUAUGGGAUGGAUUUGAGGACUUUUAUUACAUUGCCCAAGUUCUUGCAUUCUCCAACAGUGCCAUUAAUCCGCUUCUUUAUGCAGGAUUUAACGACAAUUUCAGAAAAGGCUUUAAACAGAUGUUCGGAUGCUACAAGAAGAAGCGUUACACGACAUUAUCUAAAGUAGAUGGUGAGGAUACAUAUCAGAGUUCAUCCACAAUGACACCGGUUACAAAAAUGUAAUUCUAUAAACGACCCCAUCCCUAAUGUAAAAAGAUUAUAACACAUGUUAAAACCAUGAUUAUAUUGUCAUUCUUUGUUUAAAGUGUGAGGGACAUCACACAUUAAAUAUAAACUAUGAAAAUAUAGAGUGUUGGUAGCUUUUCAAUCCUUGUGUUUCGAGUUUUUUUUUCAGGAUGACUAUCCCUAUUGCAUUCUUUUUUCCCGAAACUGUGAUAAUGAUGAAACUUUAAUCUAUAGCACUGAUUUCUCUGUCUCUAAUUACAGUUUUUGAAUCGUUUUUUAAACAUAAUUUUGC